AUAUUUGUCGCCAGGGUAGUGAUGAGUCAGUCGUUAAAAAAAAGUUUUGUUGAUCUUGAAAAAUAUGGAAAUUGAAGUGGAAUAAUAUAACAGGAGCGGGACAUGCAGUAAAUAACGAUUUACUAGAGAUUAAUGAUGGAGGAUACUGUAGAGAUGAACCAAUCGGAAUCCACCAGCAGCAUGGAACAACCAAUCAGCAAUGAAGAUACAAUAAACUCAGAUUUCAAAAUAUCUAAUGAUUCAGAAUCAAGUGAAAAAAUAGAACAGGCCCCGACAACACCAUCAGACUCACAGAAAGCAGAAGAUAAGCGACCUGAAAGUGUUAAAACACAGGAGAGUGGCAUUAGUGGUCGACCGAAGUCUACAAGUAGUGGAGAUCUCAUGUUUGAAGCUAAACGAAAAAAGAAGAAAGCCCCAACUGAUCUUGAUGCUUAUGAUGUGACAUUUGUAGUUACCAUAGCAAUGGCUAUACCUUCUGCUGAAGAAGAAUUGAGUCAAGAGGUUCGAGAUUUGAUGAAGAAAAAGAGACGUGUAUUUGAAGCUCCCCGUGCUCAGAGUUAUUACCAUUUAGAGUAUUAUCUAGUUCCUGAUGAAGAGGAGUUAAUGAAGACAGAUUGUGUCACUUAUGGUGUGGCUGCUAAACUGUAUAUGGAGCGUCAAGAUCCGAGGGUUAUUAAAACAUGGCAGGAAGGCAUGAUCACUUGGGUAGCAUGGGCAAAUAGUCACACUAUCACAAUGACAAAAGAAUUAUUGUUAAAGUUAUUUACCCACACACUGGAGCUUCGUGUUUGGGACACAAAAGAUAAAGUUUCAACUCGAGCUAGAUUUGACCGACCUAAAGCUUUCCGUCUUCCUCAGCCUAAACCAGGUGAAGAUGCUGAUGAUGUAGGUGGUGUUAAACCAACUGUAAUGAAACAGUGUCGUAGUUAUACUCGACUACAACCAAAGAAAGGUCCAGCCAUCCGUCCACUACCAACAACAGUUACCUACGCAAAGUCAGAAACUAGUAUCAAGCGUAGAUAUUUAAAUGAAGGUGCUGUUUCAACUGUACCUGAUGAGGAAAUGCAAGAAGAUUUUGAUCAAACUGAUAGACCUUCACCUGAAAAUAGUAUAGCUAUUCAAAGUGACAAACUACCCAGCCCUCAAAGCCUAAUCCCCACCCCACAAGACAGUGAAAGAGUUUCACCAACCCCGCAUUCUCUUGUUGCUGUCCCAACAGAUACACAGCCACAAGAUGGAAGGACAUUCAGCCGCCUUGGUCACCUAGCUGGUGCUAUGACAAAUAUGUCUACUACUGGAAGAGAACAGAGAUCUCAGAAAUCAAGUCAACAUCAACUUCCUGUAAAUGUAAAAGCUGGGACUGCAUCUCAAACGUCUAAUAUUAGUCGAGGUCGUGGUGGUGGUGAACGGUCUUCAUCUAAUGCAACUAGAAGAGCUCUACCAUCAAGAGAUUCUAAUGGAUCAGCACUACACCAUACACAACUAGAUUCACCUUCCAAACAUAAACGUAAUAAGAAAGCAGAGGCUGCUGCACAUGCAGCGGCUGAAGAAAUUAAAAAGAGUGGUAUCUGUAAUGUUCCUAUACAGAUGUCUCUUUUAUUUUCUGAUAUGAAAAGUGUGACUAGUAGACUACAACAUCCAGUAGCUGGUGUAGAAGAUAUGUUCAUAACUGUGGCCUUAGACAGUCCACUGAUGAGUGAGAAAAUAAAACAUGAAUUAAAUCCAAUGAUUAUAAAAAUACAUUCAGCAUCAGAUAUGCCAAAUACACCGAUGUCAUUUUCUGAGAUGAAAUCCAAGUGUCACCCAGUUUAUUGUAAAUACAAGUUUUAUAAACAACCAGAACAUAUUAGUGUUGGUAAAGAACAUGGUGAAAAUAUUUACUGGGAUGAUACAAAUGUUGUUUUAUUGGGGCAUAUGGAGAAGUCUGAAUUAAGAGAAUAUUUAAAUGGACCAGCACUAGAAGUUGAGAUUCAUGAUAGAGAUAGAAAAUGUGAAGAUGUUAAAUUAAAACCAACUUUAUUUGGAGAUGAUUUAGAAGAUGAAAAGAUUAGUAAUGUUGGUACUGUUUCAAGUAGAAGAACCGUUCACAAUCCAUUUCAUGGAAGAAACAAACCAUGGGACCCUUAUGGUGUAUCUAAAGUUAAUCUCUCAGAAUUAUUACUCGGACAUCGCUAUCUUCAUCUAAAGAUACCUAUACACAACUGUCCACUACCGGACGUAUUAGGUUUAGAAUCCAGUAAAAAUGGUAGAAUCAUGGGAGUAGCAGGAGCUGUUGAUGGACCUGUUGAGAAACCUCUACCUGCUGGUCAUUAUUUAAAACAUAAUGCAAUGUUAAAAGUGAAAAUAGAACUAGCUGUACCUUUAGUUACACCAGAUAAAAUACAAGCAAAAGAAGAUCUAGCGACAACAUUUGAGUGUCCAUUUGGUCGCCUAGUGUAUGUUUUUAAUUAUCAUAAUACAGUCAUGUUAAACAAUUUACAACAGAUGAUAACAGAUCUAAAUGUUGAAGCACUUGAUCUUAAAGGUAUGCCUCAACAUGUUAUGAACGCUGCCUUAUCAACUUAUAAAUUAUCAAUACAACAGCAAGAAAGUCGUGAUUUAGAUAUAAUAACAGGUUUUCAAUUAAUGGAUAGUAAACACCAUAUAUUUGUAUUAGAAGGGUUAAGAGAUAAAGCAUUGAAACUUCUAUGGAACUCUUUACCAAGGGAAGAAAAUUCUGAUACAAAAGUAUUAUAUAAUUCUGAUAUGAGUUUUAGUCAGAGACUGUAUAGAGCAUUAGAUGUGGAUUUAUGUCGCAUUAAGUUACAUGAACCAUUGUCAGUGAUAGUUCAGCAGUCAUUAUUAUAUGUUCGAGACAUGGUGCCAAAACUUUGUUUCCAAUCUCUAGUCAAAUUACACCAGCUAUCUACCAUUGAUAAACUGAGGGAUGCUGUUAGAAAUGAUUUGUUUCCAACAUCUGAGAUGGUUAUAUGUAUGAGUAGAGAAUUUGGUGUUCCAUUUACAGCUGAAGAUUUUGAUGAACUUCGACCUGAAUUUGAGUUAAAGAAGUCACCACCACCAAUGAUUAAAGAACCAUCAAUACUAGGAACAACUAGAAAUUGGACACCUAUUGAUAAUGUUAAUAAAGAAUAUGUAACCAUGUUAGCUGAGAAAGAAGGCCGACAACAAACAGUAGAUUUUAUACAAAAUAAUAAGGCUGCUGUAGAAAAUCAGAGUUAUUUAAAUAGAAGAGUAAGAGAGAGAACACAAGUAUUAACUAUGAGGGCUGAUGUUCAUACAGCACAUAAUUACAGUACACAAACUCUAAAUUCAAUGGAUCUUGGUAAAGAAAAACUCAGGAAAGCUUUAUCAGCGAAUUCAGAUAAAAGAUACACAUAUUGUCAAGAUUACCAUCAUUCUAUGACUGUUGUUCCUGUUAAUGUGGAAGAAUUAAAGAAAGCUAGUGUACAGGAAUCUAAAGCAAGAUGGCUCACACAGAGUGGAUGGAUACAACCUGGUAUGAAGACUAUGUUAGAAAGUAAUGCUCAUCCUAAUGAUAUUGGUGAAGCACGUAAAGAAUCAUUAUGUCAACCAUGGAGAGAAAAUAUUCUUCAUGUGAAUCACCUUCAAUCCACAUUAGAUAGAGACAGAUAUCCCUGGGAUUAUAGACGUUAUGAUAUAGAUCUGUAUCGACGUCCACUACCAUAUUUUAAUCCUAAUGAACCUACAACCAUACAUCUGGCUGGUGAAAAGUUGAGACAAGAAAAAUUACAAGUUCAACAAAAAGAACGAGAAACAUGGAAAUCGAAAAUUGUUGUUGCCGAUACACGUUCAUAUUAUCAUCGCUGUUUGCCAGAAACAGAAUUAUGUAAAUCUGGUUUUAAAUCAAGUAAUCAACUUGAACGUCUAACUGGUCUACUGAAAAAUAAGCCUGAAAAAUACGCUUUGAAACAGCCAGGAUUUGCUGCUAAAAUUAUUCCACCUCUAAAUGUGGUUUUAAAUCCAAGAGUAGAUACAGCAGCUAGAUCAGAAGGACGAGUUUUGGAAUCUGCAAAUCCUGAUGAAUAUAAAGAUUAUAAUAAGGGUUUUAAACCUGGUCCAAUAGAUGAACGGAGAUUGAUACUCGAUAAAAAUGUCAUCCCUGCUUAUGAUUAUAAACAUUCUAAAUUUAUUCAAAUGAAAGGGCAAGAUUUCAAUGUUUAUCACACACAAAGACAAAUUUUGUGGCAGAGGCAUAUUCAAGCAUUAAACGAUCCAGAAAGAGACAACCAUUUAUUUAGGAUCCCAUAUGACCCUGCCAUCCAUGGACCUUUAGAUGUUCCUAUUGAAUUUCAACUAGGUCAAAGGUCACAAACUGAAUCCGAUGUUGUGAAUAGAUCAGGCAUUUUGAAACCCAUGACUUUAAAUAGUGAACAAUUUUCAGUAUCUCAAAAAGCUAUGGAGUCUGUCAGUUGAUGAUCAUGUUGGAAUAUAUAGAAUUUUCUGUCUCGAUGACCGUUCAGAGUAAAAAAAAUCUUUGGCAGCUUUGAUUAUAUUGUAUGUAAGAAAAUUUGUUAAACUAACGAUGUGCCAUUUGCAUGUUUAAUUGGAUGUAAAAAAAAGGCCUACCAAAUAAAUUUUGUGGACAACAAAAUGGCUUGGGUUUAUUACUAUCAAAAUUCGAAGUAGCAUAGAUCGAUGAAAUUUCAAUUCCACAUAUCUUUGUAAAUACUGAAAGAAAUUUAACCAUUUUUGGACUGAUAUCCCUUUAAGAGAUUCCUAUAGCACUAAAAUGGUGCAUCAGGACUUAAAAUAUUCUCCAGAGAGAUACAUCCAGAAUAAGUUUUAAAUAUUAUUUCAUUGGUGUUUUUUAUUGUCUGACCUUAAACUGCCUAUCAGAACUUUUACUUACUUUGUACUUAAA